AUGUCUGACGCAGGAGCUCCCGAGGCGACUGCGACCGACGCCGGCGCUGCCCGCAAGGAGCAGCAGGCUCAAGAUCUUGCGCGCGCCCAGGAAGCCGGAUGGAACAAUCCUGUUCCUUUCCAGUAUGACACCGUCGUUGGUGGUACACCCGCUGAAGAUGAGACCCGAGACACCGCCGUCUGGCUCUCUGACGCCGCGAUCUACCAGUGGGACGACGAUUUCGGCGAUGUUGGAGAGCCUAACCCUGAGCUCGAGAAGAUGCUCUUCGCCGAUGAGUAUCUCCAGCGCGCCGGCGGUGCUAUCAAGGCGCUCUCGUUCGACGUGACUCUCUCAGGUCCCACCAAGAUCAGCCCCGUCCGCAACGUAAGUCACUACAACUUGGGCCUGAAGGUCUUCGCGUACUCCAUUGCUAACUUGUAUCAGUUCGAAGAUGCAGGUCUCCACCCGAUCAUGCUUGAAAACGUCAAGCUGUGCCAGUACAAGUACCCGACUCCGAUCCAGUCCUACUGCAUUCCUGCUAUCCUGACUGGGCACGACGUUGUUGCCGUUGCACAGACUGGUUCCGGCAAGACUGCUGCGUUCCUCCUCCCGAUUCUGUCCAAGCUCAUGGGCAAGGCCCGUCAACUCGCUGCGCCGCGCCCCAACCCGGUCCGCUACAACCCUCUCACCGACAAAGUCCGUGCGGAGCCGCUCGUCCUGGUCGUCUGCCCUACGCGUGAGCUUGCUUGUCAGAUCUUUGACGAGGCGCGUCGUCUGUGCUACCGUACUAUGCUGCGUCCUUGCGUCAUCUACGGUGGCGCCCCCAGCAGGAAUCAGCGGGAACAGCUCGAGAUGGGCUGUGAUAUUCUCAUCGCGACUCCGGGUCGCCUCAUGGACUUUAUGUCCAACAUUAACCUGCUGUCCUUCAACCGCCUGAAGUUCACCGUAAUUGACGAGGCUGACGAGCUUCUCUCCACUGGUUGGGAAGAGGCUAUGGAGAAGUUGUUCGCUGGUUCAGACCAGAACGACGACGCCGACCACACGUAUCUCAUGUUCUCCGCCACGUUCCCCAAGUCAGCUCGUCGUCUGACACGUGAAUACAUGGAUGAGGAUUGCGUCCGUAUCAAGGUUGGUAGGGUCGGCAGUACCCAUCAAAACAUCACCCAGCAGGUCAUCUUCGCAGAGGAGAGCGCCAAGAGCCAAGCACUGUUCGACUUGAUCUUCAGCGAAGGCCCUCAGCGCACCCUCGUCUUCACCAACUCCAAGGUGAAGUGCGACAUGGUCGAUGACUUCCUGUACAACAAGGGCAUGCCUGUCACCUCGAUCCACUCAGACCGCACACAGCGUGAGCGUGAAGAUGCUCUUCGCUCAUUCCGUACCGGCCGCUGCCCCAUUCUCGUCGCUACCGGAGUCACUGCGCGUGGUCUGGACGUCGCCAACGUCAAGCAUGUAAUCAACUACGAUCUUCCUUCCACUAUGCAUGACGGCAUUACUGAGUAUAUCCACCGCAUUGGCCGUACCGCGCGUAUCGGCAACGAGGGCAAGGCGACGUCCUUCUUCAACGACCGUAACGAAGACAUUGGCGAAGACCUCUGCAAGAUUCUGUGCGAGAGCAAGCAGGCAAUUCCAGAGUUUCUCCAAGAGCACAUGCCCGAGGAUCCCAACACUAUCGAGUGGCACGACGGCACUGACGAUGAGUCUGAUGACGGUCUUGGUGGUGGCUUUGGUGGUGGUGACGCGGGAGGUUUCGACGCUGAGGCUACUGGCUUCGGUGGAGAGGCUGCCGCUGAUACUGGAUUCGGUGGCGAUGACGGCGGUUUCGGUGGAGGUGGAGGAGGCUUCUCUGCUGAUGCCGACGCCGACGACAAGGCCGCUGCCUGGUAA